UCCGGGCGGCGGGCGCGCUCUCCGGGGGCUUCCCCUUCCGUCCCGUGCGUCCCGGUUCUGAGUCCCAGGGGCCAGGAUGACCAUCCGACACCAAGGCCAGCAGUACAGGCCGAGGAUGGCGUUUCUGCGGAAGCUUCCACGCCGCCUCUUGGUCCAUGUUGGACUACGCGGGCCCGACUGUCCUGAGGGUGUGUCUACAUGCCACGCUUGCUCCGAGAAGCUUCCAGUGACUCCAGUGACCCACGGGGGGAACCUGCACAGGAAUGCACCUGACAUUGCACUCAUUUCUUUCCCUGGAUCGGGCACCCAGCCCCUACGGCCACUUCCGCGCAUCAGACUGCCCAACAGACACUAUAAAGAUAGGUUUGACUACUGUCCCCAUCUUACAGGUAAGGAGGCUGAGGAGAGUGAGGACCAACACUGGGAGAACUGUCAGUGUGACACAACAGUCUCCCUACAACGGUAGCCCUCUCUGGUUGAUGGGAGCUCCCCCUGGCUGAGAUCUCCGUGGAGAGUGCCAGCCACCUACUGUGAGAAGCACUGUGAGCAGUGGGGGGUGAGUGGGAUACUGACGAUGCCAUCCCUUCUGAUACUUUUGGUGACUGUCUGGAUUCCUUGAAACAUUUGCAGUCACACCUCAGUGAGCCAGAAUUUGAGAGCUGUAGUGCCAGGCCUGCCCGAGGGGUCAGACAGGCCAGUGGUGACCUCUGUUACAGCUGGGAAGUGCAGUCUGGUCAUCUCUGUGUGUCUACGUGUCUGUGUGUUGCAGAAGGGAUCUUCAGGAGGGAUGCACACAGAGCACAAAGAUGAUGGGGGGCCGGAGAAAGGCCACAGCAACAGCCUCUGUGGAGCGCUUUAAAGUCUAGGUAGGUCUUCUGUUGGUGGUGGAUAGUUUCUGCUUAAGAAAAGGAGAUCAAGAUCGCUCUGAGAUCCCAGGUGUCAAUCAUAAUUUUUUUUUCACUUCGGAUUGAUAACUUAUAUUUUUUAUUUAUUUCCAGGUCUUAGUUGUGGCAUGCAGAAUUCUCUAGCUGUGCAUAGGAACUCUUCAGUGGAGGCAUGUGGGAUCUAGCUCUCUGACCAGGAAUGGAACCCAGGCCCCUGCACUGGGAAUGCAGUCUUAGCCACUGGAUCACUUGGGAAGUCACUGACUAGAACUUUUUAAAAAGGAACCAUUUAAGUGGUUCCUUUAGAGUUUGGUUGGCAUUGGUGCAUCCUCUGGAGCCCGGCUACCUCUGUGGGAACUGUGUAGGUUUCUGGCCCUACAGGAUGGAGGAGCAGACACUGGGACAAGGACACUCUAAUGUCUUGUUACUUGUCCUUUGACAGGUCUUCCUUGAAACUACAAGUUUAGUAACAUACUAUUAACAGUAAAUCACGUCAAAGCUCCCCUUGAUAGAGGUUUGGGCCAAAACUGCCUCAUUAAGAGAUUCUGUUGUUACUUCAGUAACUACGUCAUUGUGAAUAAAGCUGAAGACGUUCCUUGUA